AUGUCAAAGUCACUCAAUCCCCCAAAGGUGCCUCACGUCGCCGUCUCAUUUCCCCAUCCUCACAUCGUUCUCGUCACCAUUAACCGGCCUGAACAUCUCAAUGCCCUCCAGCGCCAGAUGAGCAUUGAUCUCGACCGUCUCUGGAGAUGGUACGACAACGAGCCCACACUGCGCUGUGCCAUCUUGACAGGCACCGGACGCGCAUUCUGCGCUGGCGCAGAUCUCAAAGAGUGGAACGUCAAGAACUCAGAGGGAAAUGUUAAGAACGUUGAGAGGUGGGCAGAGAACGGCUUUGGAGGCUUGAGUAACCGCCAUGGAAAGAAGCCCGUCAUCGCAGCAGUCAAUGGUCUCUGUCUCGGCGGUGGAAUGGAAAUGGCACUCAACGUCGACAUGGUCAUCGCCAGCGAAACAGCCAAAUUCGGUCUUCCAGAAGUGAAGCGCGGCGUCGUCGCCAUCGCAGGUGCCCUACCGCGUCUUAUCAGAACGGUAGGACGACAACGGGCAUCAGAAGUAGCGCUCUUGGGCCGCAUGUACAGCGCACAGCAGUUCCUUGACUGGGGUAUUGUGAACAAGGUUGUCAAGCUGGAGGACGUUGUGCAAGAGGCGCUGAAGUGGGCUGUUGAGAUGUCAGGUAAUUCGCCAGACUCGAUUAUUGUGACGCGCGAGGGUCUCUUGGGAGGGUGGGAAGCUGAGGGGCCGAGGGAGAGCACGAACAGGAUUGACGGGGGGAUUUAUAAGGGGAUGGAAGGUGGUGAUAAUAUGAAGGAGGGUGUCUUGAGUUUUGUCGAGAAGAGGAAUGCUGUUUGGAAGGACAAGCUGAAUGCUGCUCAGACUUGGGCUGCCACCAACGUCGAUGGCUUUCAUCUUGCCCCGAAUUCUCUGAAUGAGUCUGUCAAAGGCCAUCCUGAUUCAUCUCGAGAUUUUCAGAGCAGACCUUCAACUCCGGGAAUGGCACCUGACGCAGGCAUCGGAUAUGGGCGAAAGCCUCGGAAGCUUGUUCUCUGUUUCGAUGGAACAGGGAACAAGUUCCAUGGUGACGAUAGUGACAGCAACAUUCUCAAGAUCUUUCGAAUGCUUGACCGUCAAGCCGAUGACCAAUACCACUACUACCAACCUGGCAUUGGAACAUAUGUCGUCUCAGGAUCACUCACUCAUACCGGCAUUCGGGCUCGCUUUGGCUCUUGGUAUCAAAAAGCCAAAGACUCGGCCAUUGGCUCUUCAUUCGACCAGCAUGUCGUAGGAGGCUAUCGAUUCCUCAUGCGAUUUUAUAACCCCGGCGAUGAGAUUUACAUGUUUGGUUUCAGUCGAGGAGCUUAUAUCGCACGUUUCCUUGCUGAGAUGCUCGACUAUAUCGGACUCUUGUCGCACGGCAAUGAAGAAAUGGUCAAGUUCGCGUGGAAGGCAUUUGCUCAGUGGCAAGGCCGUGAGCAGGUUCCCGAAGACGAGGAAGACUGCGACAAGCCACCGAGCAAAGAGACCGAGGCCGCAAAGAAGAAGCGCGACGAAAUGUUUCAGUUCAUGAAGGGCUUUCGAGAAACGUUCUCUCGUCCAGUUGGUCGUAUCCGUUUCCUUGGCCUGUUUGAUACAGUCAAUUCUGUUCCAAGGUUCGAGACAGCUUGGAUGCAGCGCAGCAAGUUCCCGUACACCGCACGCAGUAGUGCACGAGUAAUCCGCCACGCCGUCAGUAUCGACGAGAGACGAGCCAAGUUUCGUCAGGAUCUCAUGUACCAAGAUCGGCCCAAGCAGAAGGAUGACAAAGGCCAUCACUUCCACAAGGCAAUCAAUGACGUCCGCGAAGAACUUAACGGACACGAUGCCAACGGACACAACGAUAGAGGCAGAAAAAGCAACCAUCUCUCUCCUAACGACAAAAGAGGCGGCCGAAAGAAGAAAGGCAACGCAUAUGCCCCGUACCGAGCUCGCUCGAGAUCGUGCAGAAGACCAAGCCAAUGUGGUGAUCCAGAUAACUUCUCCAACCUCUCUGGUCUGGCACUUGAUGAGAUCAACAACAUCGACGAUGACGCCGCCCAAGACAUUGACGAAGUUUGGUUCUCUGGUGGUCACGCUGAUGUCGGCGGAGGCUGGGAAAUGCUUGAAGGCAGCAAGAGUACCAGUCACAUCCCCCUUGCGUGGAUCGUAAGAGAAGCUCAGAAAGCUGGCCUCACGUUUGACGACGAGAAGGUCGCUGAGAUGGGAUGCUGUGCUGCUCAUGACUGGCAAGAAGCUACAGGACGGCCUCCGAUUCCUGAUCUUCGAGUUUCCAGCGGCAGUGGAGGUCCAGGUCGUGCACCUGAUAUGCCAAUGGACGAAAAAGAAGACCAUCCCAAGAACGAUUUCCACAGCGUAAUGCACGGGGCAUGCACAGCUCGAAUCCACGACUCCCUCGAAUACGGCCAAGGUCUCGGUCCCUUCGCCGUAACAGCCUGGAAAAUCAUGGAAUACAUGCCCUUUCGUAGAAUGGAUCUUCAGUCCGACGGAUCAUGGAAGCCAAUUCGCUGGCCCCUCCCCGGAGGUGAAGUCCGAGAUAUACCUGAUACAGUACGAGUCCAUGGAAGUGUCAUUCGUCGUAUGAAGCUUGAUGAAAAUUAUCGGCCUGGAAAUCUCAUCAUUGGCGGUGGUGGUAGGGGUGUUAGAAAGGCCUCUGCUCAACACGGUAUUGGUGAUUGGGAGUGUGUAGCUGAUCCCGGUGAUCCAGUUGGUGAGAUUUGGAUGAGGAAGAAGAAAGAUGACAGAUAUCGAGAUUAA